GGGGGCGCAUUCGCCGGGCCUCGGGCAACUGGACGCACCGGGCCGGGGGCUGGGGUGCGACCCGUCAGGCGCCAUGGAGCUGCUCUCGGCGCUGAGCCUGGGCGAGCUGGCGCUCAGCUUCUCGCGGGUGCCCCUCUUCCCUGUUUUCGACCUUAGCUAUUUCAUCGUCUCCAUUAUCUACCUCAAGUAUGAGCCAGGAGCAGUUGAGCUGUCCCGGCGCCACCCUGUGGCGUCCUGGCUGUGCGCCAUGCUGCACUGCUUCGGGAGUUACAUCCUGGCUGAUCUGCUCCUCGGGGAGCCCCUGAUCGACUAUUUCAGCAACAACUCCAGUAUCCUGCUGGCCUCCGCAGUCUGGUACUUGAUUUUCUUCUGCCCCCUGGACCUCUUUUACAAGUGUGUCUGCUUCCUGCCAGUGAAACUCAUCUUCGUGGCCAUGAAGGAGGUGGUGAGAGUCCGAAAGAUCGCCGUGGGCAUCCACCACGCACAUCACCACUACCACCAUGGGUGGUUUGUCAUGAUCGCCACUGGCUGGGUCAAAGGCUCCGGUGUCGCCCUCAUGUCCAACUUUGAGCAGCUGCUCCGAGGGGUCUGGAAGCCAGAGACCAAUGAGAUCCUGCACAUGUCUUUCCCCACGAAGGCCAGCCUGUAUGGAGCCAUCCUCUUCACCCUCCAGCAGACCCGUUGGCUCCCGGUGUCCAAAGCCAGCCUCAUCUUCAUCUUCACCAUGUUCAUGGUAUCCUGUAAGGUGUUCCUGACGGCCACUCAUUCCCACAGCUCCCCUUUUGAUGUUCUGGAAGGCUACAUCUGCCCUGUGCUCUUUGGAUCGGCCUGGGAGGGCGACCAUCACUAUGACAACCAUGGUGGAUCCCAGGGCAGCAGCGGCCCUGGCUCGCCACACUCAGCCCUGCCCACAAAGUCCAAGGAGGAGCUGAGUGAGGGCUCCAGGAAAAAGAAGACCAAGAAGGCAGACUAGGGGAAUCCCCAGUGAGAGGACCCAGACCCAGGACCUGGGCUCAGUUUUUCCCUCUCCAGGCCUCUAUUUUUCCAUCUACAAACUGGGGCCAUCAGCCUACCCUCCAGGGCUGACAUGGGGGGGUUAAAUAUGAUAUGGGGGUGAAGGGCAUCUGUAGGAAUAGGGGUCAUUUUCUCUUUCUGCCAGGUCCCCAUAGAGUUCCAGCUUGGGGGAGGGGGAGUCCACAGAAUCUUAGCAGCAGCUCCAGCUGGAAACCCUGGCCAGUUAUAUACUUGGUUCUAGCAUUUCCUAGCUAAAAUUACACCUUGACUCCAAAAGAACUUCAAGCCGUGUGGAGGCUCGUUCAUUUGACAGAUGUUUACUAGGUGUCUGCUGCAAGGUACCUGCUGCGAUUUCCACGUCUCUUCUUGCCAGUUUCUCCUGGGCAUCUCUGGGCCAGUUGCCUUCUACUCUGAGCCCAUCUGUAGAGUGGCCCCUCAACCCUGUUCCAUAUGCAAGGGACUGAUGUGAUUCUGGAUGUGAACCAGCUUUAGGAGCACAAUGCAGUCUGGAGGGGAAGCCUUGAUGGAUGUUCCUUGUGCUUAAAACAGUUUUGCAUCUUUAGAUCUUUUGUGUUUGUGGACCGGAGAUCCCCCCACAAGUUACCUGGCACAAAGAAGGCCUUCAGUAGACAUGUCUAGGCCAGACUUGAGAGCAUGGAGGGUAUGGAAGGCUUGUUCUGAUAUCUGGCUUCAGGUUGCCCUUAAACCAAAGAAAUGCAGCUGGCUGGGCAGGGAUUCCAAGAUCUGGCUCCGUCCAGGGACCCUGAGCACUUGUUACUGGAUUCAGGACACUCCAUGAGAUCUCCCUCAGGCUGGCACCCUUUACCGCUACUCACUCAGUCACUCAACAAACAUGCCUACAAUGUGCCAAACCCUGUGCUGCUACUGGGUGGGCUGGGAACUUGAUUCAGGGUGAGCGAGGGGAAUGGGAGCUGAGGGCCCCUCCUGGCCACCUUCAUCUCAGCCUAGGUCACCAGGGCCUGUUGAGAGGGUGGGUGGGUUGGGCAUGGCCAGUCUCAAGUGAAGUUUUGGCCCAGACCAAGCUGGGUUGGGGCAGCCCUCUGCAUGUGGGUGCUCAGGGCAUCACCCUGCAGCUUUAUUGAGAUCAGCAUGGGAGUGUUGGGGUCCCGGGUGUUGCCCAGUUAUUGGGAAAGUGCCUUGAUCUGGUGAAGCCUGGGAGCUGGGUGGGUCCUGAAGCUGUAGGGCCCCAAAACUCCUCCUCUUGCAUGUCCAUCAAGGCUCAGCAUCAAGGGUCAGCAAAUAAAUUUGUUGUGAAAAAGCCCUAA